UUGUUUUGAUAUGCAAACAUGCUAUCAGAAUCAAAUAAAAAGGUAUCCUAGCCAGGUCAGACAAGUUGCAAGUGAGGCGCAAGACGGAAGACUUUUGCCCUAGUCCUUGCCGCUCUGCACCGCCGGAGCAGCGACAGAGCAGAAGGGCAGCCGUAGCCAGUCCCGGAGGAAGAUUUCUUCUUCAGUUCGAGGUCAUUAGGAGAAAAGGAAAGAAGAGGAAGAAGCUAACGCUACUACCGUGCUGCUGUUGCUGGUAGUUUCUUCAGCUUAGAGGAAGAUGCCGCGCACCACCAAGGUGGAGUGCCCUGGUUGCCCUCCCAUCCGUGCUCUAACCUUCGAUGUGCUUGGCUUCAUUAAAGUAAUUGAAGCUCAUGAUAAGCAAGGAGGGAUUCCUAAAGUGGUUGAUAGGUGGGGUGAACCAAGCUCCUCAAAAUGUGUGCUUGCUGCUUCUAUCGAUGACCGUAAAUCUGACCCUUUAUUAGCUGUUGCAAGAAAAAGUGGUACGAUUGAGCUGCUUAGUCCUCUUAAUGGUGACCUCCGCACCUCAAUUUCCAGUGCUGGUGAUGCUGGUGUUCAACUUGAAGAUGACGCUAUAAGUGGACUGCAUCUAUUCAGAAAACAGAAAUUGGACCUAUCAUCCAGGUCAUGCACAUUGCUUACAUGUACAACAAAGGGAAUUGCAAGCAUGAGGUCCAUUGAAGUUCGCAAGUCAACCAGGGAUUCUUUAAGUACUGAGUCUUUGAAAACAUGGAAUGUUUGUAGUGGUGGUAAUAUUUUUUGUUCUAAAGUGGAUGCAAGCGAAAGUUAUGCCUUAUUUGGAGGGAAAAGUGUUGAGGUUAAUGUGUGGGAUCUUGAGCAAGGUUCUAAAAUCUGGACUGCAAAAUCACCUCCUAAAAAUAGCCUCGGUAUAUUCACUCCAACUUGGUUUACGUCUGCAACAUUCCUAAAUAAAGAUGAUCACCGUAAAUUUGUGGCUGGUACCAACAGCCAUCAGGUUCGGCUUUAUGAUAUUUCUGCCCAGAGAAGGCCUGUUAUAUCAUUUGAUUUCCGUGAGUCUCCUAUCAAAGCAGUUGCUGAAGAUCUUGAUGGCCAUACUAUAUAUGUAGGAAAUGGUGUUGGUGAUCUUGCUUCGUUUGACAUACGGACAGGGAAAUUGUUGGGAUGCUUUUUGGGAAAGUGUUCUGGAAGCAUCAGAUCCAUAGCCAGGCAUCCGGAACUCCCAGUGAUUGCCUCAUGUGGUUUUGAUAGUUAUGCACGCUUCUGGGAUGUGAAGACACGGCAACUUCUUUCCGCGGUUUUCUUAAAGCAGCAUCUGACAAAUGUUGUUUUCGAUUCGAAUUUUUCUGACAAAGAAGCUGCUGACAGUCUGGCGGAUCCAGCGCCAAAUGAAGCACAUGAUGUGAAUGAGAUGCUGGAUGGAGCUGAGGAAGAAAUGUUAGCUACUAAAAGGAAAAAGAAACCCAAAAAGAAGAGUGAAAACAAGGAGCUAAAACCCAAGAAAAGAAGCAAGAAGGUUAGACGUGAGAUUAUUGAUGAUGAGCCGUGAUCCUGAUGCAUGGAUUGCAUUGUUUUACUUGCGGGGCAAAGGAUCCCCUGAGGCUUCCAAGUCGACUUUUGGAUGGUCCUCAAGCGCCAGUAGGCAGCACAGUUUUGGACACGGCACCAAGAAUGGUUUUAAUGUCUGGAAAGUUUUUUUUUGGGUUUUUGUGUUUGUACCUACUUUUAUGGGGAGUAGGAUAGCUGUUUUAUUUUGUAUGUAGGAAUUGUCCUCUCUACCCACAUCUUUCUUUUUAUUAGAUUUUUCCAUAGAUUCUGGUGAAGCAAAGAAAAGGGGUUAAAGUGAGUUUUUGUGAUUGUUUGAAGACGGUGGAGGUAAGACAUGGUCAAGAUCUAGAGUACCAAAGCAAAAUCAAGGAAACCCUAGGGUGAGUUUGAUUGUAAUACCCUGCUACGUUUCUUUAAAUUAAAAGGGGACAUUACGUUUUA